AUGUGGCCAUCUGUCGUUGCAUUGCUUGUUGUGACUGCAGCUGCUGCAUUUAAGUCCCUAUUUUUCUUUUCUUACCAUUCAACUGACUUCGAAGUACAUCGAAACUGGAUCGCAAUCACCUGUUCACUCCCAAUUUCGAGGUGGUACUAUGACGAGACAUCUAAAUGGACGCUGGACUACCCACCAUUCUUUGCUUUUUUUGAAUGGUUAUUGUCACUCCUAGCAAUUCGAAUUGAUCCCGAUAUUUGUCGCGUUACUGCGAUUCCUUAUGUAUCGGACACAGUUAUUAUUUUCCAAAGAAUAAGUGUUCUUAUCACAGAAAUUCUUCUGUUUGCUGCCGUCUUCAGGAUAUACCGUUCGCUAAAAGCGUCAGGUUGCUUGUUUCUGAAGCAAAGUUACUUUCCUCUAUGGCUGCUUUUCGCUUUCAAUUUCGGCUUGUUCAUUGUUGACCAUAUACAUUUCCAAUAUAAUGGGUUUAUGUUUGGUAUAUUAUUGCUAUCUAUGGCAUACAUGAUUGAAGAAAAUUAUCUGGUCGCAGCACUUCUGUUCACUGUAUUAUUGAAUUUCAAGCAUAUUUUCAUGUAUACAGCUCCAGCAUAUUUUGUUCAUAUUUUAAUGAACUAUUGUUUAGGGAGACGUGAAUUUUCAAGUGUUAUCAAUCGUUUUAUCAAAGUUGGCAGCAUUGUUCUAAUUGUGAUGGCUUCAUCAUUUGGCUAUUUCAUUUAUACGAAUCAAAUGAAACAAGUAUUAAGUCGUCUUUUCCCGUUUACACGGGGUCUAUGUCAUGCUUAUUGGGCACCUAAUUUUUGGUCCUUAUAUAAUUUUAUGGACAAAGUGUUAAAUGUUCUUGAUAAUCAUUUUCUUCAUAAAUGGCCUCAAAAAGUCACCUCUGUAGCAAGUAUGACUGGUGGUCUUGUAGAAAAUGUGAAACAUGUGAUUCUGCCGAAUAUUUUACCCUCGCAUACAGCUUUAUUAAGCCUGCUAUUCAUGAUGCCUAGCCUAUGCCUAUCAGUCGGAAGAAGUCGUUUCUUUAAUUUUCCAACCGGUGUUAUUACGCAUACCUUUUUCAAAUCUGUCAUUCUAACUACCUGGUCAUGUUUUAUGUUCGGUUGGCAUGUUCAUGAAAAGGCAGUUUUAAUGUUUUUAUUACCACUAAAUUUGUUCACAUUGACAUCUGGAGAGCAUCGAUUUCUUACAUUCUAUGUAAGCACUCUUGGCUACUAUAGUCUUAUACCAUUGAUUCCUACGAAUGCUGGUGAGUAG